AUGUUCGGAUUAUCACCUGAUGCUAUAACUAUAAAAAGUUCAGGUGUUAAAAGUUCAGGUAAAGGAAAAUUAUCUGAUACGUCGUCAUCCGUUGAAGAUUUCACCACCGAAAGAGAUGAUGAUGACGAUGACGAUGACGACGAUGACGAUCAUCCACUUAAUUUUUUAUCAGAAGACAAAACUAUUUAA